GUGCCUGCCCGAGGCGAGCGCGGAGGCUGCAGCGGGGCUGCAGCGCUGGAGUCGGCGGCCGUGGGGACCCUCGGCGUGGUCCUCUGACCCUGCAAACUCGCGACGGAGGAAGGGGAGGUCCUGCCCGAGGCGCCAGCCCAAGGAGGAUGCCCAUUUAACCCACCCUCGCCUGUCCCUCCGGCUGCCGGGCGCUUGCCUCUGUGCCCGCCGCCAGAGCCUCUGAGCCGCGCCCGUGGAAGUGCUGCAUGGGGCAGGGCUGCUGAAGCGCGGAGUUCGGGGUCGCGCCGCUCCCAAGCGGGCGCGGGGGCCUGGUGCGGCAGUUGGCACAGUUUCGGCGGCGCCUUCUGCGCGGGAGUGGGGGGCGCGGUGCGCCCGGCCGGCCUCCGCGGUGCCUUGGUGAGGCGAGAGUUAUGGAGCCGCCCAGCUGCAUUCAGGAUGAGCCGUUCCCGCACCCCCUGGAGCCCGAGUCGGGCGUCUCAGCUCAGCCCGGCUCCGGGAAGCCGGGCGACAAGCGGUUCCGGUUGUGGUACGUAGGGGGGUCGUGCCUGGACCGCAGGACCACGCUGCCCAUGCUGCCCUGGCUCAUGGCCGAGAUCCGCAGGCGCAGCCAGAAGCCUGAGGCUGGCGGCUGCGGGGCGCCGGCGGCCCGCGAGGUGAUCCUGGUGCUCAGCGCGCCCUUCCUGCGUUGCGUCCCCGCGCCGGGCGCCGGGGCCUCGGGGGGCACCAGUCCGUCGGCAGCGCAUCCCAAUCCGGCCGUGUUCAUCUUCGAGCACAAGGCGCAGCACAUCUCGCGCUUCAUCCACAACAGCCACGACCUCACCUACUUUGCCUACCUGAUCAAGGCGCAGCCCGACGACCCCGAGUCGCAGAUGGCGUGCCACGUUUUCCGCGCCACAGACCCCAACCAGGUUCCUGAUGUUAUUAGCAGCAUAAGGCAAUUAUCUAAAGCCGCCAUGAAAGAGGAUGCCAAACCCAGCAAAGAUAAUGAGGACGCCUUUUACAACUCUCAGAAGUUCGAAGUCUUGUACUGUGGAAAGGUGACCGUGACCCACAAGAAGGCCCCCUCAAGCCUCAUCGAUGACUGCAUGGAGAAGUUCAGCCUGCAUGAACAGCAGCGCCGGAAGAUCCAAGGCGAGCAGCGCGGUGUGGACCCGGGAGAGGACCUGGCUGACUUGGAGGUGGUGGUGCCCGGGUCCCCCGGAGACUGCCUGCCGGAGGAGGCGGACGGCACCGACACCCACUCUGGCUUACCUACCGUGGCCAGCCAGCCUGCCCUGACCAGCUCUCGGGUCUGCUUCCCUGAGCGGAUUUUGGAAGAUUCUGGCUUUGAUGAGCAGCAGGAGUUUCGCUCUCGGUGCAGCAGUGUCACCGGAGUGCAAAGGAGAGUUCACGAGGGCAGCCAGAAAUCCCAGCCACGACGGAGACACGCGAGCGCGCCUAGUCACGUCCAGCCCUCGGACUCGGAGAAGAACAGGACCAUGCUCUUCCAGGUUGGGCGAUUUGAGAUUAACCUUAUCAGUCCAGAUACUAAAUCAGUUGUGCUAGAAAAGAAUUUUAAAGAUAUCUCCUCUUGUUCUCAGGGUAUAAAGCAUGUGGAUCACUUUGGCUUUAUCUGCCGGGAGUCUCCAGAGCCUGGACUUAGCCAGUAUAUUUGUUACGUGUUCCAGUGUGCCAGCGAAUCUCUGGUUGAUGAGGUAAUGCUGACUCUGAAACAGGCCUUCAGUACAGCGGCUGCCCUGCAGAGUGCCAAGACGCAGAUUAAACUGUGUGAGGCCUGCCCGAUGCACUCUUUGCAUAAGCUCUGUGAAAGGAUCGAAGGUCUCUACCCGCCAAGAGCCAAGCUGGUAAUACAGAGGCAUCUCUCGUCACUGACAGAUAAUGAACAAGCUGACAUCUUUGAAAGAGUUCAGAAAAUGAAGCCAGCCAGUGACCAGGAAGAAAAUGAACUUGUGAUUUUACACCUGAGGCAGAUGUGUGAGGCCAAGCAGAAGACACACGUGCACAUUGGGGAAGGCCCUUCGACUAUUUCAAAUAAUACAAUCCCAGAAAAUGCAACAAGCAGUGGAAGGUUCAAACUUGACAUUCUGAAAAAUAAAGCUAAGAGAUCCUUAACUAGCUCCCUGGAAAAUAUCUUCUCAAGGGGAGCUAACAGAAUGAGAGGUCGGCUUGGAAGUGUGGACAGUUUUGAACGGUCCAACAGUCUUGCUUCAGAGAAGGACUACUCACCAGGGGACUCUCCACCAGGGACACCGCCAGCGUCCCCACUGUCCUCAGCUUGGCAAACGUUUCCCGAAGAGGAUUCUGACUCCCCGCAGUUUAGAAGACGGGCACACACGUUCAGCCACCCACCUUCAAGCACAAAAAGAAAGCUGAAUUUGCAGGAUGGGAGGGCUCAGGGUGUGCGUUCCCCUCUGCUGAGGCAGAGCUCCAGCGAACAGUGCAGUGAUGGAGAAGGGAGGAAAAGGACCUCGUCUACCUGCAGCAAUGAGUCCCUAAGUGUGGGAGGAACCUCUGUCACUCCUCGCCGGAUCUCCUGGCGGCAGCGCAUUUUCCUCAGGGUUGCUUCUCCCAUGAACAAAUCACCCUCAGCAAUGCAGCAGCAAGAUGGAUUGGACAGGACCGAGCUGCUGCCACUGUCCCCCCUCUCUCCAACCAUGGAGGAGGAACCGCUGGUUAUAUUUCUGUCUGGGGAGGAUGACCCAGAAAAGAUUGAAGAAAGAAAGAAAUCAAAAGAACUGAGGAGCUUGUGGAGAAAAGCUAUACACCAACAAAUCUUGUUGCUUCGAAUGGAAAAAGAAAACCAGAAACUUGAAGCAAGCAGAGAUGAACUCCAGUCCAGAAAAGUUAAAUUAGACUAUGAAGAAGUUGGUGCAUGUCAGAAAGAGGUCUUAAUGACCUGGGAUAAGAAGUUGUUAAACUGCAGAGCUAAAAUCAGAUGUGAUAUGGAAGAUAUUCACACUCUUCUUAAAGAAGGAGUUCCCAAAAGUCGACGAGGAGAAAUUUGGCAGUUCCUGGCUUUACAGUACCGCCUCAGACACAGAUUGCCUAAUAAACAACAGCCUCCUGACAUAUCCUAUAAGGAACUUUUGAAGCAGCUCACUGCUCAGCAGCAUGCGAUUCUUGUGGAUUUAGGAAGGACGUUUCCUACUCACCCUUACUUUUCAGUACAGCUUGGGCCAGGGCAGCUGUCACUGUUUAACCUCCUGAAAGCCUAUUCUUUGCUGGACAAAGAAGUGGGAUACUGUCAGGGAAUUAGUUUUGUGGCUGGAGUCCUGCUUCUGCACAUGAGUGAAGAACAAGCCUUUGAAAUGCUGAAAUUCCUCAUGUAUGACCUUGGCUUCCGCAAGCAGUACAGACCUGACAUGAUGUCGCUGCAGAUUCAAAUGUACCAGCUGUCCAGGCUCCUUCAUGACUAUCACAGAGAUCUCUACAAUCACCUUGAAGAAAAUGAAAUCAGCCCCAGUCUUUAUGCUGCCCCCUGGUUCCUCACAUUGUUUGCCUCUCAAUUUUCAUUAGGAUUUGUAGCCAGAGUUUUUGAUAUUAUUUUUCUUCAGGGAACUGAAGUUAUAUUUAAGGUUGCACUCAGCCUACUGAGCAGCCAAGAGACACUUAUAAUGGAAUGCGAGAGCUUUGAAAAUAUUGUUGAGUUUCUUAAAAGCACGCUACCUGAUAUGAAUACCUCUGAAAUGGAAAAAAUUAUUACCCAGGUUUUUGAGAUGGAUAUUUCUAAGCAGUUGCAUGCCUAUGAGGUGGAAUAUCAUGUGCUACAGGAUGAGCUUCAGGAAUCUUCAUAUGCCUGUGAGGAUAGUGAACCUUUGGAGAAGCUGGAGAGGGCCAAUAGCCAACUGAAAAGACAAAACAUGGACCUCCUAGAAAAAUUACAGGUAGCUCAUGCUAAAAUCCAGGCCUUGGAAUCAAACCUAGAAAAUAUUUUGACAAGAGAGACCAAAAUGAAGUCUUUAAUCCGGACCCUGGAACAAGAAAAAAUGGCUUAUCAAAAGACAGUGGAGCAAAUCCGGAAGCUGCUGCCCGUGGAUGCUCUAGCCAAUUGUGAACUGUUGCUGAGAGACCUAAGCUGCAACCCUAACAACAAAGCCAAGAUAGGAAGUAAGCCAUAAUUGAAGAGGCGUGGCCUCAGCAGGAAGUGCUCCUUAGAAUACUACAGAGAGGAAGAGCCUGCAUGCCACUGGCCCAAGGCUGGACCCUGAAGCUGAUGGAACCACCUAAUACUGGUGCUGAGCCCCUAGUCACAGCAGGUGGACCUCGUGCUCAUCAGAGCGUGCCAAUCCUAAGCCAUUGGACAUAUGUAGAUUGGUUUUUGUUGUUGGUAUGUACAUAUAAAUAUAUAUAUAAAAUGAACAUAGUUCAUGCUUUCAGAUAAAAUGAGUAGAUGUGUAUUUAAUUUUUUUAGUCAGAACUUCAUGAAAUCCACACCAAAGGAAAGGUAAACUGAAAUUUCUCUUGGACAUAUGUGAAAUCUUUUUGUCUUUAUAGUGAAACAAAGCCAGAGCAUCUUUGUAUAUUGCAAUAUACUUGAAAAAAAUGAAUGUAUUUUUUUCUCCAAAGAACAGCAUGUUUCACUCAAUGGUGAAAAGGUGGAAACAUUUAUGUGACUUUAUGUGUUUCUGUCUUAGUAUCUACUGACAUUGUCUAUAUGAGGAAAGUGACUGAAUACUAGUCAUGCUCCUACGAGUUUUUUGGGAAGGUAGGGGCAUUUCUCCCUGCCUGCUUUGUGCCAACUAGCGUGUUGCAUCUACAUGCAUUGUGAAUCUGGUUAAGUAUUACUAUAAACAUACAUAAAGAGAAAGUAGGACAUUGUGGCUGAGUCUACCCAGCUCAAGGUAAAGGAGAAUGUCGCUAAUUUUUUAGCGAACUAGAUCAGCAUUAUUACUCAAACUAAAAAUAUCACACCUGAAAAAUUUAAUUUAGGACCUAAAAUGUCUAGAUUAACUUUCUGCCUUUUUAAUUUAAAUAACUCAUUCAGUUGUGAAUGAAUUCCUCUUUAUUUGGUGCCACAGUCACCAAAUGACAAAGAUUUGCCAUUUUCCCACCAAAUUGUGAGUGCUCAUAAUUUAGGUCUCUCUACCUUAAAUUUAGUAUAAGGAAAUGUAAUUAUGAUUGGUUUUUUUCCAAAGAUGACAAGCUGUGUUGAAAUACAUUUUUUUCUUUUGACCAAUUGACAGACUCUAAUAAGCUUUAAUAAUCUUCCCCUUUUAUGUGAAAAGUUUUGAGAACUGUAAAAUGUUUAGGAACAAACUGUUAAAAUCCAUCGGAAGGGAAAAGUGGUACCAGUGGUACCAGCUCAACUGAAACCUGCAGUUCUGCAUUUCAACUCUUCACUUCCUCAGUCUACAAAUAGCUUAUUAGAGGACAUUCACGCAUGCUGGGUAUAGGCAAGGAAAGUAAUUUUCAAAGUACAUUUGCAAUUCUCUUUUUCAGAGAUGAUUCUAGGAUAGUGCCUCUGAAAGUUGAUGCAGCAUUUUUGCCUUUCCAAAAGGUAUUUAUCGUCACUGCUUUUUGCAGUACUUGUAUUUUCACAGAUGGAUUAUCUGGGGUAAUUUUCUUCAAAGGGAGUUUGUUAUACACAGUGAAAAUUUAUUAUAGAGUAGAAUAGUAAAGCUCUAGAGGUUUCAGAAAGCUUUGAUGAACAGGUGACGAACAUCCGAAACCCCCUGUACACUGUUACCCAGUGUGAAUAUAAUAACUUGUUAUAGGUCAGUGUGCCCUUGAAUCCAAACAGUUUCUUAAAAGACAAUAAAAUCUUAUUACUAAAGUUAAUGUAACUUCUAAGUUCUAGAAAUGGUGAUUCUGUCUACCCCAUUCAAUUGGGGGCUACUAAUUGAUUUGUUGCUUGGUUUUCUUGAGAAUUUCUCUAUUUGUAGGAGGGGUUUUUUCUUUUUACUGUCUGUUGAUGGAAAAUUACUUUGUGGGUGUGAUGCACAGAUGGUAGCCAAGGAAUCUGUUGGGAAAGUUUGGAAAGAAACCUUUUCUUUCUGUUAUUCAGUUUAAAGUAAUCUUUAUCCUGGAUGUUUACAAUCAACAUUAAGAGUUAUAUUACAGUGUUCAGAGAUUAAGCUGACUUGGAUACAAUAUUUUCUUUUGAAAAUGAAUUUUCUUUUUCAUUUGUGAUUUUUUAAAAAUGUUGCACCAGUUAUGCUUCAUGCAUUGUUACAUCUCAUCAGGUUAAUGUAAUGUCUAGUUCCUUUGCAAUAAAUAUAUUACUGCAGCUUU